GUCCACUCCACUCACUGUCCACUCCACCCACUGUCCACUCCACCCACUGUCCACUCCACCCACUGUCCACUCCACCCACUGUCCACUCCACCCACUGUCCGCUCCACCCACUGUCCACUCCACCCACUGUCCACUCCACCCACUGUCCACUCCACCCACUGUCCGCUCCACCCACUGUCCACUCCACCCACUGUCCACUCCACCCACUGUCCGCUCCACCCACUGUCCACUCCACCCACUGUCCACUCCACCCACUGUCCACUCCACCCACUUCCACUCCACCCACUGUCCACUCCACCCACUGUCCACUCCACCCGCUGUCCACUCCACCCACUGUCCACUCCACCCACUGUCCACUCCACCCACAGUCCACUCCACCCACUGUCCACUCCACCCACUGUCCACUCCACCCGCUGUCCACUCCACCCACUGUCCACUCCACCCACUGUCCACUCCACCCACAGUCCACUCCACCCACUGUCCACUCCACCCACUGUCCACUCCACCCACUGUCCACUCCACCCACUGUCCACUCCACCCACUGUCCACUCCACCCACUGUCCACUCCACCCACUGUCCACUCCACCCACUGUCCACUCCACCCACUGUCCACUCCACCCACUGUCCACUCCACCCACUGUCCACUCCACCCACAGUCCACUCCACCCACUGUCCACUCCACCCACUGUCCACUCCACCCACUGUCCACUCCACCCGCUGUCCACUCCACCCACUGUCCACUCCACCCACAGUCCACUCCACCCACUGUCCACUCCACCCACUGUCCACUCCACCCACAGUCCACUCCACCCACUGUCCACUCCACCCACUGUCCACUCCACCCGCUGUCCACUCCACCCACUGUCCACUCCACCCACUGUCCACUCCACCCACUGUCCACUCCACCCACUGUCCACUCCACCCGCUGUCCACUCCACCCACUGUCCACUCCACCCACUGUCCACUCCACCCACUGUCCACUCCACCCACUGAGUUUGGGAAUGCGAGGGACGCCCAGGAAGCCCAGCGGCGGUGCAAUGGCACGGUGGUGGAUGGAGCAAGGAUUGUGGUCGAGAUGUCAAAAGGGCCCAGCAAGGGCGACGCCUCUCCCCGCUGCUUCAGCUGCGGGUUGUACGGCCACCUCUCCAAGGACUGCCCGCAGCAGCAGUCGCAGCUCAUGUGCUUCGGCUGCAACCAGCCGGGCCACUUGCACAAGCACUGCCCCUUCCGGGCUGCCAUGACUCCUCCUGGCAUGAUGCUACCUGGUGCGAUGGUUGGGGCGAUGGCUGGCGGCACAAUGCCCGGCGCUGGGGACAUGUUAGAGGCGUCCAGAAGCCACACCAGGUGCUUCGGGUGCAACAUGCCGGGACAUGUGCUCAAGGACUGCCCUACUGUCGCUGGUGUGAGCGCUGCUGCUGUUGCUGAUGAGCCGGGGGGUCACCGUGGGCGGGAGAAGCGCUACUCUCCCCCUGCUGCUGAUGUGUCUCAUCGUAAUACUCGCACACGGCACCAAUCGCCACCCAGCCUCCUGCUCUCAGCCUCCUGCUCUCAGCCUCCUGCUCUCAGCCUCCUGCUCUCAGCCUCCUGCUCUCAGCCUCCUGCUCUCAGCCUCCUGUGCUCAGCUUUCCUUUCUCAGCUUCCUGUUUGCUUUGUUUGCUUGUCUCGCUUAUCCCCCUCCCCUUCCUGCCUUCCCCCCUUCCCCCCCUCCAUCUCCUUCUCCCCCACUGUCCCACAUUGUCUUCUGACUCCUGCCCACUGCGGUGAUGGCUGUGUCUCGGGGCGCGUUCAAAACCCGGGUUUCGUCUUGAUCUUGAGUCGACUCAACAGCCGUGACUUGAGGGACAGGCUUGGGGGGGUCGAGAGCAGCAGGUCAGGGGGGCACAGGCUGGGGAGGGACGAGAAGGGAGGGGAGGAGAGGGGACGAGAGGAGAAGAGGAGGGACGAGAAGAGAGAGGGGGGCAGGGGGCGAGAGGAAAGGGACAGGGAGGAGAGGGAGAGGGGGAGGAGUGUGAGGGAUGGGGAGAGAGGUAGGGAGAGGGAGAGGGAGAGGGAGAGGGAUAGGAGUGGGGGAGACAGGGGAAGAGAGAGAGGGAAGGACGAUCUGGGCGGGGGGAGGGAGGAGAAGGGGCGUGGUUAUAACGAGCGUGGCAGUGGAAGCUUGCACCCAUCUACAUUUCCCAGUCCAGGGAGCAAGAGGGCCCGUGACAGUAAUGACCGUGACUAUAGGGAUGGACAAAGGGAUUAUCCCCGCAGCCCAAAGCCCGAGGCUCGGCUUGUGAUGACUGUUCCUGUAACUCACACACCUGCUCCCUCGUAUACCCUCAUGCCUCCUCCUGCUGCUGCCCCUCUUUCACACAUGCCUUAUGGUGGAACGCCUUAUAAUGAGUCGCCUUACGGUGGUACGGCUUAUGAAACCACGGGGGUUGGGGGCCAAGCUCUUAGCUCUCUGGAUGUGGGUGGCAGAGUGGGCGGCGGUGUGGGCGGCAAUGUGGGCGGCAGUGUGGGUGUGGGAAUGGGUGGUGGUGGCGGUUUGAUGUACGGGCAGGGUGGAACAUCUACAGCUAUAUUCACAGCUUCGGGUGCAAUGGGUGUCACUGUGCCUGCUCCUACUUUCUCCCAAACUCCUGGUGCUUCCCAAGGCCCUCCAGCUGCUGUAUCUGGCCCUCCUGGCGAUCCCUACACUCACAUACCUCACAUACCUGCAGGGACGGGGCAAAGAGGGAGCCUGCUUGGAACGGGCAUGGCUGGAGUUGCGGGUGGUAUGGUGGUUGGUGGUGCAGGGGGGAUGGGGGGUGGUGGCAUUGCGAGUGGGGGAGCAGGUGGUACCGUUGGUGGCAUGGCGGGUGCAGGGGCAGGGGAUGUGGUGUAUGUGGCCAUUCCAGCAGCAGCAGCGGCUGCAGCGGCAGCGAGAGGAGAGCAGCUGAUUCUGGUGAGCGCCAGCGAUGGGCGGCUGGCAGGGCAGGAUGGGCGGCUGGCGGGGCAGGAUGGGCGGCUGGCGGGGCAGGAUGGGCGGCUGGCGGGGCAGGAUGGGCGGCUGGUGGGGCAGGAUGGGCGGCUGGUGGGGCAGGAUGGGCGGCUGGCAGGGCAGGAUGGGAGGAUGAUGCAGCAAGGGGGGUUGCAGCAAGGCAUGCAGCAAGGCAUGCAGCAAGGCAUGACGUCACAGCAAGGGGUCAUGUUACAAUAUGAGACGCCUCGAAACACCCCAGGAAUCAUGCCACAGCAUCAAGCUUCAGGAACAAUCGGGCAGGCAGUGGGGCAGCAUGAGUAUGCAGCUGGCGUGGGGGGGAAUGUGUCAUCUCUAGGGGGAGGACUUGGAUCUUCCCUAGAAGCUGGGCCUCCCCUCCCAGGGGGCGGAGGUGGAAGGGAGGUGCGGAGCAGGGAUGGGAGCAUGGAUGGGGGUGUGGAUGGCAUGGCAGGGGGCAGGCAGCCAUAUGAGCCUGGGCGGUAUUAUGGUGGAUAUGGUGGAGUCGGGAGCUCCUAUGAGAGCGGGGAUACCGGUGGAUCCCGGGGGUUUGGUGGGAGUGCUGCCUACGUUUCUGUAGCCCCUGGGGGUGGCGGUGGUCGUGACGGUGGCGGUGGGGGUGGGGGUGCUGCUGCUGCUGCUGCUGCUGCUGCUGCUGCUGGUGUUGGUGCUGCUGGUGGUUCCUCGGUCUCUGCUCCUCCUGCUCCUCCUGUUUUUACUUCUGGUGGUCCCCCACUCCCCCCUGGACCGCCUCCCUCCUAUGACACCCGAUUUGACACAAGGUUUGACACAAGGUCUGACACGAGGGCGGCUUCUGGAGGAGGGGGGUUGCCAGGCCAGCCGUACGCUGGUAACCGUAACACGGAGCCAUUCAUCAGCACCAGUGGGCCAUUCCUGGGCAACACUGACCCUGGGCGAGUCAGCCUUGAUCCUGGCCCGGGUUUCACCUAUGAAGGUUCGAGGAUGGGGCCUAGCGGGUAUGCUGGUGGCAUUGGGAGCAGAGGCACAGGGAACAGCUCCUUUGGGAGUGGUGGUGGUAUGGGUAUGGUUGGUGGUGGUAUGGGUGGUGGUAUGGGUAUGGGUGGUGAUAUGGGCAUGGGUGGUGGUCCUGGUGGUGUGAAUGGCCCUGGCGGUGGUAUGGAUGCUGGUUACCAGAAUCUGCCCCCUUAUGCGCCCAUGCAUGCCCCCCCUCCUGAAGUCUAUUUGAGUGGGGGCAGUGCGUACGGCGGCCGGGCAGAAGGAAUAAUCGGCCGGGCAGAAGGAGAGAUGUUCCGGGCAGGAGCAAUGGGCCCUACAGGGGCAAUGGAGCGAGUGGAUAGGGCGAUGGGGCGGGCAGAAAGAGUAGCGGGCUGGGAAGAAGGAAUCAGGGGAGAUGGGAUCUUAAGCAAGCCGCAGGGCAUGGGGAUGGGUGGUGGUAGUGCGGUUCAGAUGGGUGGUAGUGGUGCAGUUCAGCUGCCGCCACAGGAUCAGGUGUUUUCAAGGCGAGGGAGGCGGGGUGGUGGGCCGGGCAAGAGUGGUGGCAGCGGUGCCACAGGGGAUCGUGAUCGUGCUCGUGGCAGCGGUGGCGGUGGUGGUGGCAGCGGUGGCACAGGGAAUCGUGGUAGUGGUGGUGGUGGCAGUUGUGCUUCUGCUGCUGCUGCUGCUGCUGCUGCUGCUGCUGCUGCUGCUGCUGCUGCUGGCGGCAGCGGUGGUGGUAGCGGUGGGGGUGGUGGUGGUAGCCGUGGUGGUGUUGCUUCUCGUAGUGGUGGGGGUGUUGGUAGUGGUGGUGGCAGCAGUGGUAAAAGUGGUGGUCAAAGUGGUGGUGGCAGGGGGGGUGGUGGCAGCGGGGUUGGUGGCGGUGGCGGUGGUGGUGGUGAUGUCAACGGUGGUGGUGGUGGUAGCGGUGGUGCCAAGGAAACCCACCGCUGCUAAGGAAACCCGCAGCAGCUGAAAAGGGGUCACGGGAAUGGUGCCGGGAGCACAGGUGGUGCCGGGAGCACAGGUGGUGCUGGGAGCACAGGUGGUGCCGGGAGCACAGGUGGUGCUGGGAGCACAGGUGGUGCUGGGAGCACAGGUGGUGCUGGGAGCACAGGUGGUGCUGGGAGCAGCUAGACACAUGACAUCCCAGGCACACCUCCAGGGACGAUGGGGAAGACCAUUGGGCUGCCACCACAGGAGCAAGUGUUUUUAAGGCGAGGGAAGGGGAGGUGCACCUGGUGAAGGUGGCACAGGGGAUCUGGAUUAUUUCGAAAUAGUGGAGGGGCUAUUAGAAUGCAGCACGAGGAGGCACGUUGGUGAUGGGUGGUGGGCAUAUGUGGGCUCACUCACUGCAGCUGAAUGGGUGGAGACUUGAUCUCGCUUUCGAACGAAGUGGAUGUAGUACUGUUUUGAAAUACAUUCAGGAUUCCCUUUCGGUUUUGUGACGACGCACUUGAGGGAAGUUGGGUGGUCCUCUUCUGUGGAAGAGUUGGUUGGUAACAG